GUUAAGAUUUAAUUUCAUCUCAGGUAUCGAUUGCCAUUAUAAAAAUGGUUAACUUAUAUUCCAAAUCAAUGCAAAAAAAUGUAACGUUGAAUGAGUUUAGAAAAAUUACAGCUGUAAAUAUAGAAUGUUAGGGCGUGGAGUAGAGCAGAGCCUACUUGUAAGUACAUGUAAGUUAGGAACAUGUGGCGCUAGAAAAGGCUGGCUAACUUGUUACAUGAUUAGGUUUCCAUAGGAAUUGUUUACGUAAAUCGAAGCCAGAUUUGUAUAAAUACAAUUAAAUUUAUUGGUUGUGUUGUCUACAUUGUGUAUCACAGGUCAACAUUCAGUUGUUGAGAAUAUAAUCGGAUAAAUUGACAUUGUUGUCGUUUAUGCAUGGCGCCAGUGUGAGGCAUCAGCACCGCCACGGCACUCAGCGGUCGCAGAGUCUCAACCGCGGCCACUCGCUCUCGCGCUCCGAUGGCACCUGGUGACAUCACGGCACCGCGGGCAGCAUAGUGCAGUGCGCCGAGUGCGGAACACGUACGAUGGGCAACAAGCUAUCGGCGUGCUCCUGCGCACCCAUCCUGCGCAAGGCGUACCGCUAUGAAGACAGCCCGUGGCAGAACUCGCGCCGCCGCGACGGACACCUAUUGCGACUAUGGGCGGAAGUGUUCCACGUGUCCGCGUCCGGCGCGGGUACGGUCAAGUGGCAGCAGGUGUCGGAGGACCUGGUGCCGGUGAACAUCACGUGUGUGCAGGACUCGCCGGAGUGCGUGUUUCACAUCACCGCUUACAACUCGCAGGUCGACAAGAUCCUCGACGUGCGGCUAUUGCAACCUGGUACUCGUAUCGGCCAAGCAUCAGAAUGCUUCGUGUACUGGAAGGACCCUAUGACCAACGACACGUGGGGCCUGAAUUUCACCUCGCCCAUCGACGCCAAGCAAUUCAAGGAGUGUUGCUCACCAUCCUUUAAAUUCUCGCGUAAGGCAUCUUCGAGCUACAGCCUAAAGCUAGAACCGCCGGGCAGCAAGCAGAAGAUGAAAGCCAAGAGGAAACCGCUCUCCACGCCGGCCAGUCCUAAUCGAUCCAGUUUGAACUACCGCGAGCCGCAGUGCACGUGCAUGUCGCAGGAGCAGUACGCACGGCUCAGGGCCCAAGAUCCACGAUACCGUUCCUCGACAUUGCCACGCACGUCAGCGCGUGCCAUGGAAGCGGAAGCGAGUGCGGCCGCCGCACGCACCGACAAGGUGGCUGCGGCGACGUCGUCCACCUCGCUGUACGACAACGUUACCGGUUCGCAACCAGCUCAUCAGCCGCCACCAAAACCUGCAGCUCGCCAGACUGACUCGCAGCCGCCGACGCGCCCCCCUAAGUCUCAAGAAACAUCUACUAUGACCACCAACACUUCGACGGCGCCUAAAACCGUUACCGCCUCCGUCGGCACACAUGGCACAAAUACCAACGAAGAGUCCCAGGCGUCGGGCGGGGCCUCAGCGCAGCACGGCCAGGACCUCAAGUCCGAAGGCGUGCAAGCUGGCGGGACGCUCACAACAUCCAAGUCCUCGUCUACAUCGACCAGGCCUGGCAAAGAACAUCUGCAGCACACCAAGAGCAUCGACUAUGGAGAUGGAAACGAAUCGUCGCGGGAAUCGGAACGUCACUCGAUGCACCAUCACAACGUCAUCAACAACAACACCUCGGGCUCGCGUCGCACAAAGUCAAAGAGCACAGAAGAUAUGAAUAUGGAUUCAAGCACACUAAAACGCAUGCUCAAGCCGAUGCCCUCAACGGAGAGUCCGGUGACAUCGCCAGAGAUGGGCCGACGGCGCUACGGCGGCGCGGGCCCGUGCCCGCCCGCGUGCGGUGCUCACCCGCACCGCCACGGCCCGCAUCUGCACCACGCGCAUCAUACGCACGCCGCCAACAACAACAGCCGACAGACCUCCCAGCGGUAUUCCUCUGAUAGCCGCGGCGUGGGAGUCGGCGCCGCACCGAGCGGGUACCCCGGCCGCGGCCUGUACCUGGAGCUGGGCGGUGGAGGAGAGCGGGACAUGUCGCCGCCGUCGGACAACGUCAUGUUCGACAACCAGUGCUACGCGACCACGCCCUCGUCGUCGAACGGCAACUCCGACCAGGAGCCGUGCCAGCGGCGGGAUGGCAGGCAACACCAUCAUCCGCAGCAAAAGCCUUGCUUAUCCCGGCAAGCAUCUCAAUCCAGCGCCACGCCCGCACCCGGCUCGCCCACCUCGCGCCUGCUUCUCGAGUAUGAGAUGCAUCUCCGCAACACAUUGGCUAAAGGCAUGGACGCUGAGAGCUACAGCCUUCACACCUUCGAGGCGUUGCUGAGCCAGAGCAUGGAGGAUCUAGGUGAGUGUUUCCACGAAUACAACGACAAUAUGCCGCCUUCGAAUCCGCGAAGCCCCUACCCACCGCGACGUCGACCGAACCAAGAAUCCGUUCUACACUAUUUGAGAAACCUUACGGAGGCAGCCAUAAGGGCUAGAGGAGGUCCGACGACCCAGUGUUCCGGCGGUGGCAGCCGGUCUUCCACGCUGCCGCUGCCGCACCGGCUGGGCGUUGAGAGACAGCACAGCGCGCGAUCUGACCGCGACGGAUAUUACAGCGAUCGCAACGAGCUUAUGCGGGAGCGGGAGCGAGAGCGGGAGCGGGGCUACUUAAGUGAUCACAGUUCAAGAGACCGCAUUAGGGACCGAGAUCAAGGGUACCUGAGCGACCAUCAAUCAAGUUUUGUAAGCGCCUCCCGCUGCGCGUCCUGCAUCGGCGAAUCUGCGAGGGCGGCGUGGUACCGGCACUCGGACGGCUGGCGGGGCGCGCCCCCGCCCGGCCCGCGCCGCUCCCCCUGGGACUCCCUGCCCAGCCUACGGCAUGAGGGCAGCCUUAACGACUCUGGCUACAGGAGUAACAGAGCUGACAGCUUCGAACAGAGGGGCGUUUUUGAUCGGCAAGACAGCGUUCGAUCGGAGUAUACCAGCGAUCGAGAAUCAUCGCGCUACGGGAUAGUUCAGCAAGCCUCAAUCGACAGCACUGACUCCAGGAUAUGUUAUCUGACAUCUAGCGAGAUAUCGGACGACGAUCGUAUGUCACUGACGACGGCGGUGUCUGACGAAGAGGACCCCGGCGAGAGCGCGAUGAACUCACCGUACAAGGGCAAGCAGACUGGCGCUGCGGCGGCCUCUUUCAACUGCACCGGUGCUGUUAGAAAAGCUGGUUUCCUGAGUGUGAAGAAGUGGCUGCUACGCAAGAAACAUCAGAUCGAAUUAGCCCGAAAACGAGGUUGGAAGGGCUAUUGGGUAUGCCUAAAAGGCACCACGCUCCUGUUCUACCCGUGCGACUCGCGGGAGGGCCGCUCCGUCGAGGCGGCGCCCAAACACCUGAUCAUUGUUGACGGAGCCAUUAUGCAGCCCAUCCCCGAACAUCCGAAGCGUGAUUAUAUAUUCUGCCUGAGCACCGCGUUCGGCGAUGCGUAUUUAUUCCAAGCACCUUGCCAAGUGGAGUUGGAAAAUUGGGUGAACAGCAUACACAGUGCCUGCGCAGCAGCCUUCGCUAGGCAUCGCGGCAAGACCGGCACCCUCCAUCUGCUUCAAGAAGAAAUAUAUCGUCUCGAGAAAGCCAUCGAAUCGGACCACAAACUGAAACACAUGGCGGACCUGCAACAGUCCGUGGUGUCGGACCCCGAGACGCGGGCGCAGCUGGCGGUGCAGAUGCUGCAGUGGGAGGAAAACCUGGAAAGGUUGCAUUGCGAACAGUUCCGGCUGAGGUGCUACAUGGCUAGCUUACAGAGCGGCGAACUACCUAACCCUAAGUCACUGCUCACACACGUGUCCCGCGGCACAAAGAGCACGCUGAACAAGCUGGGCGUGUUCACGGUGUCCUCGUUCCACGCCUUCAUCUGCGCGCGCUCGCCGUCGCUGCUGAACAAUCUGCUGGCCGGCCGCGGCGCCACCAAGCGCAGGGCGCCGAACCUCUCGCGCUCCAACUCGGGCUCCAGCCGACGGUCUAUGCAGAUGUCACGCGACGAAGGCGAGGCUGCGGUCAGGGUGUCCUUACCAGAGGGCACGACCGCAACAGUGGGGGUCCGCGAGGGCAUGACGGUGGAGGAGUUUCUGGCGGCCGCCUGCGCCCGACGCUCGCUCAACGCGCUCGAACACUUCGUCAGAGUGAAGAAACGCCGUGACAUGGAGGAUCACAAUUACUUCGUGCCGCAUCGUAGCGACCUCAUUGAGACUUACUUGCACACACACGAGGUAGUAGAGGUGUGCGCCAAGAUCCUGUACCAAGUGGAACUGCAAAGGAACACGCUAGAGCAGAUGUGGGGCUUCAGCGUGGAGGCCGAGCUAAUCGAGAACGCCGAGCGACAGGACGAGCUCUGCUGCUACGUCAGCCGUGUCGAGGACAAGAGUGUCGCCAUGCAAAACGGUAUAAUCAAAGGCGACGAGAUAAUGGUGAUCAACGGAGCGAUCGUAUCUGACCUAGAUAUGAUGUACCUGGAGAGCGUAUUGCAAGAGGAACUCUCGCUCGUCAUGAUGAUGAGAUCUUCGCGCACGGAGCCGCCCGAGCUCUCGGGCAUGAUGCGAGCGGCCACCGACGACAUAAUCGACUCGCUCGUGUGCCCGCCGCCGCCCAGCGAUCCGCCUGUCAUCUCCGACGACAUGAUCUCCGGCCUCAUCGUCCCGGCGCCGGCUUGGAGUAAGGAGUUGUAUAGCCCCGACGCAGACGGGCACGGAGACGUGUCCGGCCCGCCCAAAGUCAGCUCUCGGACCAACUCCUUCGAGAUCGAAAACCUGCUCAAGAAGUGUCCGCGUGGUCGUCAGAGCGCGGAGCAAGUGACGGGCUGGUGCCGGUCGCCGGCGGAGACGCGCCGCGGCAGCCCGACGGGCAGCGUGGCCAGCGCCGCCGCCGGGACGCCCUCACGACACCUCUCUGACGCCGACAAGCUGAGGAAAGUGCUGUCAGAACUCGUCGACACCGAACGCGCUUAUGUCAAGAACCUUAACAAUUUAUUAGAGAAUUACUUGGAGCCUCUGAAAAGGGAGACUUUUUUAUCGAACGCCGAGAUCAACGCGCUGUUCGGAAAUAUCCAGGAGAUUGUAACGUUCCAGCGGCAAUUUCUGCAAAACUUAGAGGAAGCGCUUGAAUCGGAGCCCAACUUCCAUCACUUUGAAUUUUCAAACCAAUUUAAGAAUAUUCUGUUCGCGGUGGGAAAUGCCUUCCUUUACUACGUAAAUCAUUUUAAAUUAUACAGCUCGUUCUGCGCUAGUCACAGUAAAGCACAAAAAGUUUUACAUCCAAAUGAAGGCAAUCAGGCAUUGCAAGAGUUCUUGGCUGCCAGAAAUCCAAAACAACAACAUUCGUCAACUUUGGAGUCGUACUUAAUUAAACCAAUUCAGCGGAUACUUAAGUACCCAUUACUGCUCCAGCAAUUGAGAAAUUUGACUGAUGCAAAUUCUGAAGAACAUCUACAUUUAGUAGAGGCUUUGAAAGGCAUGGAGAAAGUUGCUGAACACAUCAAUGAGAUGCAACGAAUACAUGAAGAAUAUGGUGCUAUAUUUGAUCACUUGUUUAGACAACACCAAAAGUCUUGCAAGCAACCAAUAGAUCUAAGUCCUGGUGAUUUGUUAUAUUACGGGGGUGUAGAAUGGUUAAAUAUUUCAGACUUUUUAGGUAAAAUAAAGAAAGGAUUGGAACUGCACGCUAUGUGCUUUGUAUUUAAAUCAGCCGUUGUCUUCCUCUGUAAAGAAAGACUGAGACAAAAGAAAAAGUUAAUGGGAGUGUCUUCAAAAAAUAAUUCAAACGAGGUAGAAAUAAUUCGAUACCAAGUGUUGAUUCCCGUGACAGAGGUCCAAGUUAGGGCGUCGUCUGCGAAGGAUAUGGACAGUCACUUCCUUUGGGAGCUCAUCCAUCUCCGCAGUCAGCUGCAGCGGCGCUCGGAGAAGGUCUACGUGCUGUCAAACAGUACCGCAGAUUUCCGGAACGCGUUCCUCAAGACGAUUCGACAGAUCAUUCGCGAGUCUGUGCGCAAUAUGGCGCUGCCCACGAACCGGCCGGCUCCCAUGCCUCCGCGGGCACCGCAUACACUCGAGCGAGACCGCCCUAAACACCAGGUGCAAGUCAUGCAGGGAUCUCAAACACUCGGAAAAACGAAAAAACCUAAAACCUCGGGGCAGCGGUUAUCAGCCGGCAAUAUUGAGGUCGGCGACCUUUCGCGCGAAAACUCCCAAGAUGCCGAAGAGCCGCCUCAAGAGGUUGCAGACGAGCCCGCGUUCCGGCACCGGAGCAGAACGCUCGGGGACGCCGCCGGUGAGUCCCGGAAAUAUACCCAAGCCAGUGUAAAGCGUGCGCCGCCGCCGCCGCCGCCCGACACCGACAAGUCUGACCCCGGCUCCAAGUCGGAGGGAGAGGACGAGCACCCGCAACCUCCUCCCAAGCGAGGCACGACGUCGACGCUGAGUGCCGGCAGUACCGGCAGCCAGGCCAAGUUGAUCCAGUCCUCGCACCAGCCCACGCAGUACCAGCCUACUAUGGUCAAAGAACUUGGAUCGCCCGUGUGGAAACCGCGCGACAUGUUGAGCGAGGCGAGCGCGGGGGCCGGCGGGGCGGGAGCGGCGGGUGGCGCGCCCUCCGCGCCCACCACGCUGCCCCGCUCGCAGCGCCCCGCGCCGCGCGCUCAUCACCUCUCCGCGAGCCGCAAGUCGCUCGCGCCGGACCACCGACACUAGACUCCCGCGACCACGACCUUUUGUCCCUCUCCCAUAUGUAUGACCUCCAACCGACUCCGACUGAGGAAGCUUCGAUUAGCUCGAAGUUCUUUCAGGUUUGUCGCUCGUAGAUAUCCAACUUUCGUCACCCCACAGUGGGUCCCGUUAGUGGGUUAAAAUGUGUGAAUAAUUCUCACUGCCUAAGUGGGGCUGAUUUUAGCUAAUGAUGAAGUUAAAUUCGUUUUAUACUGUUAAAAUUACAUACAACAGCAAAGAUUGUCUGUUAAUCUAAUCAUUACAAUCCCAAUGCGAUGUAUAUUGUUUCGCGAUUUUCUUGUGUUAAAUGUCUGAACCUAAUUCGGCACAACCUAUUUUUUCUUCCCUCUUUAUAUAAUCUAUGUCUCGCUGUACUAUAUUUUUAAUGUGACUGACUGGUGAUAUAUCAAUCGCGUUGUUAAUUUAUUAAGAAGCCUGUAAGGAUUUAAAAGAAAAUAUUAAUUCAGUGAGCCCUUCGCACUUUUCUGUUCACCUAUGAACUGUUACAUAGUUUACACACCAUAACACUGGUACCUAGGUAAUUGAUUAAUUUAUUUUUCACGUUCAUUUUCAUUACAAUAUUAUUUAUUAUAUUUGAAGUUGGUUGAAAUUGAAUUUAUAUUUAAAACACAUAUUUUCGUUAGGUACCUAAUUAAUGUUGAUUUCUCCUGAAAACAAAGAUCAAAAUUAUGUUGUGUUCCUACACUCAAUUCCAGUACCAAAAGACUGGAAAUUGCGAGUAUGUACGCACUUAUGAAUAUAAUUUGUCGACGAAUACCUAAUUAUGUAAGUUAGUUUUUUACUUCAAAAUAAAAAUCUCAUCUGUGCCACAAUACAAAAUCGUACCUUAAUAUUUCCUAGUAAAUGCACUUCCUAUUGUAAUUAGAACUUACCUACAACUGUCACAUCUAAAUAAAAAUACGUAGGUACCGUUAAACUGAUAGAAUCUAAGUUUCAUUUCGACCUAACAUAGCUGUAUGCUAUUUUGAUCGCGCUGCUGUUAUGCUUUCUGACUGGGAUGGUAAACUCUUUACCGACAUAAUGUAACUACUGAUGUGAAGGAAGCGAAAGAGGUAUGUCAGGAUCGUAGCAAGUGGAAAUCCGUAGUCUCUGCCUACCCCUCCGGGAAAUAGGCGUGAUUAUAUGUAUGUAUGUAUUUAUGUAUUUAACUACUGAUGGUCAUCUCAUACGAUUUCAUACGAAAGUCAUCUGGCAAACAGUAGUGCUUUUAAAUAGGUCUUGUAUAAAAUAAAUGACAAUAUCAAUAGAAUUUCAGACAAAAACUGAAGUCACAUUCCAGUUUUUGUUCCACUGGUAGUAUAAAAUAAAUCUUGUAUUAUAUUUUAAACCAUUAAACUGAAGAGAUAACCAAUAAAGACUCUAGUGACAUUAUAUUUACCUAGUAUUUUAAAUGUGACUCAUUUUGUUACUUUAUUGUGUAUAUUAGGAGUUAAAGAGAGUGUUCGGGUGCAUCUUCCUAAACGGACUUCUGUGCCAAAUUAGGUACUCACUCUACCUAUGCUUUAUAAUACUCACAGACAAGAUAACAUAAAUAAAUACUUGUAUGGUAAGAGUAGUUAGCUGUAAUGUACUUGCGUUUCAUUUGGUCGCAUUUGCAAUGCAAAACUCACUACCCUAUAGUUCAAAAUGCACACACCCUAAUGGAAAAGUACACUAGGUAGUUUUGAUAAUAAUUUCUCUUCGUGAUCAAAUUCGAAAGUUCUAUCAUAGGCUAGGCGAAUGUAACAUCUUUCCUAUACACAAUUGUGUUGUUUUGUUUGGCAAUAAAACAAAAUUUUACCACAAGUUUCUAUAGUAUAUGCUUAUUGUAGAUGUGUUAAUUGACAUCAUGGGUUGGUUGAACUGAACAGGCAGACGUUUGCUCCGUUUGCCAGCUGCUGACGUACCUUGUAAACUACUUGCAGUGGCAUUCAAAUUUUACAAAUUGAUUUCGCUUUGAUAUCACUGUCGUUAGGUGCAAGCGAGAUGCUCUACAAGUGAUGUCAAGAGAAAUCAAAUUGUGAAGUUGGAAUGCCGGUCUUGAGUUGCGCGAGCCGCAUGGGCGCCGUUUUUGAUAGUACCUAGGUACCUACUCUGUUAGUGGCUAGCAGCUAAGACAACCUAAAAUUUUCUUAGACUAACAAUAAUCUUUAAGUAUUUCAAAAUAGCUAUGCCGUGACACAUUCCAAUUAACAGAGAUCGUGCAUAUCAGAUCUAUAAAAUGAUAUUUGCUUGUAGUACAAUAAUAUAACCUACAUACUAAGGGCUCAUUUAAACGAUGCGAGAACUCGUUUUUGAUUGAAUUGCGGGUUUUGAUAGGUCGGUUGAAUUGGACGUAACCAACAGUUCGCAAUCGCAAGCGAGUUCGCGCGCCGUCUAAAUCAGCCCUAACAAUAAUUUAAUGCGAGGUCGGAGCCACUAACAGAGGGGACAUCAUCGUCACUUAGGACAUAUCACCAGCGGAGUAAUCGUCUGGGAUAUAUUUUCGUAGUUUUUCUUGCUCUUGUUCAUGACACCUAUGUUGAACAUAUUUUACCUCACACUAAAUAAUAUUGUAUAUUUAUUACUAAUUACUAUGUAGAUUGUGCAAUUAUUUAUGAAUUAUGACCACAAAACAUAAUGAGUAUAUAUUUUGACUUUACGUGCCGUUUAAAUGAUUGUUUUGUGAUUUAUUAAAAUAAAACCUGUUUAUUAAUAUACAUAUGUUAAAAUAUUCGAAUUUAAUAAUUACGAACUUAUACAAUCAAUUUAUAGAUAUUAUUAUACUAAGAAAAUAUAAUUAAUAAAAUGAAUAAACAAAUAUGAGUGAAAAUGAAGAAAGCUCAUUAAUUGCGAAUGUAUUUCAUACUUCAAUGACAUUUGAAAGUAACGUAGGGAAAAUGAGUGAAUAUUUAGAAAGACUUAUUGAAGUAAAUACGAAGGUAAAUACUCUAAUGUUAUAAUAAGUAUCGAACUUUUAUAAGUUUGCGUUGUAUAGUUUACGACAUAGUUUCAUUUGUGCAUUGUGUAUAGUGAAUCGUUUACUCGCAUGUGUAUUUGUAUUUGAAGCAGAAUAAUUUUCUACCCGUUUGUAAUAAUUGUGUGAAUUGACAAACUACUCCACUGAUAGUGCACAUUAGCUAUCUGAAACUAAAUUUAACUGAGACAUAGAGAUAAUAACGAAUAUUCUUUGUUUUGAGUUACAAUCAUUUUAGUUGCUCGACUCUUAUUUGGACCUAUUGCAUUGAGACGCCGACAGCGCUCGGUGUAUAUUGAUACUUUGCUAAAUAAUGUUCAUUUCACUCGAAAGCCUAAAAUUAAAAGUGCCUUCACAUAUUUUGGGAAAGCAAAGUGCACGCACCCUUCCUGAAAUGUGAACACUGCGCUAGUGGCAGCAGUUUGUCAACGCCCGCCUCCCGUCUUUCUUUGUAUGUAUUUAUAAUUGAUGUAUGUAUUUGACUCGUUUCAAUGUUCGUUUUGUUAAAUUAUGUGACGAAUAUGGAAAUUACUUUUUAUUGCUUAUGAAUAAAUAUGAAAUACAA